AUUAAAUUUAAUGAAAAGAGGUUUACAAUACUUCUUCUCAAAAUAGAGAAUGGAAAUAUUUUUUUUGAAAGAUUGCGUACAAGGAUUUUAAGGCGAAAUACGCAUUGUCAAACCUGGAUUUUUUGAGAAAUAUCUCUUUCCAAUGGCCUUGGCAUAUUAGAAUCUGCCAGGAUAUAGAAGAAGGUACUUUGAAUUCAAAUUUCAAUUAUAGAUUAUUACCCAAUCUCGAUGAGGAGAAAUUAGAAAAUAAAAUUUAAAGAAGAAAGGAUAUCAAGUUGUUUUAACAAAAAAUUGCAGGAAUCCAUUUAGAAUUUGUUCGACCUCCUAAAUUUUCGAAUCCAAGUCUUCUUAAAGACCCAAUAGAUGACAAAUUAAUUAUUGAGGAGGUUCAAUAAAGGUUCAAAUUGCAAGUAUUAUGCAUAUUUACAAUAGAUCACAAAAAAUCAUUUAUUGUCUAUGGUUAACAAAAUUACUACUUAUGGAUAAUUCACAUUAUAAAUAGAAAACUUUUACAGUCCAGAAUUGCAAGACUACACGACAUUUCAAAUUACGAUAGUGACCAAAAAACCUAUUAUGAAAGUCUAAAAAUUGAUUGAUGAGGUGGCAACAAAGGAUGAAUAAAAUAAGGAUGAAAACAAAGAAAAGUAGGAUUAAAAAGUUGUAAAAUAAGGAAAAGAGAAAGAAACCUAAAAAUGAAAAAUUUAUUAUUAUAUUAAUAUAUGAGAC